AUGUCUAUCAGCCAAUCUGUUAUUGUUCCAGCAUACCAUGAAAAGCUAAACAUCAAGCCAUUGACCACUAGGUUAUUUGCCGCUCUAGGGAACGAAGGUUCCAAGACUACUGAACUUAUAUUUGUCGAUGACAAUUCGAAUGAUGGAUCAGUUGAAGAAGUUGAGAAAUUGAACAACAAUGGUUACCCAAACGUCAGAAUCAUUGUCAGAACCGACGAAAGAGGUCUUUCUAGUGCUGUCUUGAAAGGUUUCAUGGAAGCCAAAGGUGAGUACUUGAUCUGUAUGGACGCAGACUUGCAACAUCCUCCAGAAUCAGUCCCACAAUUGUUCCAAAGUUUAAAGUCCCAUGCUUUCGUGCUUGGUACUAGAUACGCUCCAGGUGUUGGUAUCGACAAGGACUGGCCUCUAUACAGAAGAGUCAUUUCUUCCACCGCUAGAGCCAUGGCAAAGCCUUUGACUGUCGCAAGUGACCCAAUGAGUGGUUUCUUCGGUUUACAAAAGAAAUACUUGACGAUGGCAAAGAUGGAUGACAUCAACAAGCAAGGUUUCAAGAUUGCUUUGGAACUAUUAGCUAAACUGCCACUACCCGAAGACCCAAGAUUGGCUAUCGGUGAAGUCCCAUUCCAAUUCGGUGUUAGAACUGAAGGUGAAUCCAAGCUAAGCGGUAAGGUCAUCAUCCAGUAUUUGGAACAAUUGAAAGAAUUAUAUAUCUUCAAGUUUGGUGCCAACAAUUUGAUCAUUUUCAUCGCUGUUUGGACCAUCCUUUGUCUAUACGUCCUUAAGAAGUUCUCAUCUCUAGUUCUCUAA